GAGAAAGUCAGAGAAACUGAAAGCAAAAGUCUUCCUAAGCCCCUGGGGAAAGGGGGAGGAAGAAGCGGAAGCUGCUUUGCCUCCCCUUCCCCGCACAGGCGGCCUCCUGAGCCCUCUUCGCGUGUCAGCUGCCCAGGGAGAGCAAAGCCUGGGCCUGAAGUCUGCCCCUUCUUCCCGGGUCCUUGGCCGAGUUAACUCUGGACACCACCUUCGCCUGGUAGUGCUUGUGACAAUGGAGAAGCUAAGGAAUGCAAACACCUGUUUUGCACUUGAUCUACUUAGAAAGUUUAAUGAAACAAAUCCAACAGGAAACAUCUUCUUCUCUCCCAUCAGUAUUUCUGCUGCACUGGCCAUGAUCCUGUUAGGGGCCAAGGGUAACACAAAGACACAGAUGUUGAAGGCACUUCAUUAUGAUGAUGCUGAAGACCUUCAUUCAAGAUUUCAGACCCUGUCUUCUGAUGUUAACAGGCAUGGAGCUCCCUAUCUGUUGAAGCUUGCCAAUCGUCUGUAUGGAGAGAAGACCUACAUUUUUUUACCAGACUUCUUGGCUAACACUCAGAUAUUUUAUGGAGCCAGUUUGGCUAUGGUUGAUUUUCUCCAUGCUUCUGAUGAAGCAGAGAAGCAUAUUAACCAGUGGGUAGAAGAACAGACUGAAGGUAAAAUCCCCAAUCUGUUGUCUGAAGGCUCACUUAAUAACACAACCAGACUGGUGCUGGUGAAUGCUAUUUAUUUCAAAGGUAAAUGGGGAGAAAAAUUUGAAGAACAGAAUACCAAAGAAAUGCCAUUUCACAUAAAUAAGAAUGAAACAAAGACAGUGAAAAUGAUGCAUCAGAAAAAGAAAUUUCCAUUUGGGUAUAUCUGUGAACUGGAGUGUCGUGUGUUAGAACUUCCCUAUGAUGGAGACGAACUUAGCAUGAUCAUCUUGUUACCUGAUGAAAUAAAAGAUGAUACCACUGGAUUACAACAGCUAGAGAAGCAGCUCACCUUUGAAAAGCUUUGGGAAUGGACAAAACCACAAAAUAUGCAGCCCAUUGAUGUUCACGUGCAUCUGCCUAAAUUUAAGCUGGAAGACAGCUAUGACCUUAAAUCCAGUUUGUCAAGUCUGGGCUUUCUGGAUAUAUUUGAUAGUAGCAAGGCUGACUUGUCUGGAAUGUCAGGUGCACGAGACCUUUUUCUGUCUAAAAUUGUUCACAAGUCUUUUGUGGAAGUGAAUGAAGAAGGCACAGAAGCUGCAGCUGCCACAGCUGGCGUAAUUGCACUCUGCAUGUUUAUGGAAGAGCAUUUCACAGCUGACCAUCCUUUCCUUUUCUUCAUCCGGCAUAACCCAACACAAAGCAUACUUUUCCUUGGCAGGUAUGCUUCCCCAUAACAGAAAAACAUAGUUUACUAUCUGAUUAAUUUCUACUGAAACCAACAGAGAUUUUGCCUUUGAAUUGAAAAGAAUUUAGGUCCAAAGGUUGAAAUUUGAGGCUCAUGUGUUUGUGUCUUUAACAAUUUUAAUUUAAAUCUGCAUUUCAUGAUAAAAUGAUUACCCAAUAAUUGAUUUAUUUUUCCUUCUUGGGAACCUUUACUUACUUAAUACCUUUUAGCCCUAGUAUUUGUUUGUAUUCCAUGAAAUCUCUUACAUGACCCCUCAAGUUGCUGACAAAAAAUAAUUAAUUUUCUGUUAUUAGAUAAUUAUCUAUUGAAAAAAAGUAACUGUCAGGGUUCUGACAAGUUCAUUUAAAGGUGCUAUGGGAUCUGAACCUGGAUCCCAAAAAUUGCACCUCCUGCCAUGCCUCCUUUCUGCUUACCAGUGCAGAGGGAAUCCAGAAUCAUAAUCAGGCUGAAAGAGCCUACUGUGACCCAGCGGUGUCCUGGAGCCAGAGCUGAUAAUCAGUGGAUUGUUGGCUGCAGUUCAGGGACAGCACUGGGACUGGCUUUUACAGUAUGCCAUGUGUUUAAUUUAAGGUGCCAUACAAACCAGAAAUUAAAAUUUUCUAUAUUAUACAUGGAAUGUUUUUAUGGCUGGUUUAUUUUUGGUGUCUUAACUUGGGUGUACAUGUAGCACCUUUGCCACUUAUGCUGCGAUUAACACUUUAAUUGCGGCAUAAAUGUAACAUGUAGACAGGUUCUCAUUCUCACAUAUCUAGGGAAUAAAUAUGAUAUCCCUAAAUACUUGGGCCUGCAGCCGUUAGGAAUCUCAGCCCCAGUUGUGCCCCAUGUAAUAGUGGACUGGCUUUGAAGCUUCUUGGGCAUAGAGAAUUCUCUCUCUCCAGAGUGACCUUUGCUAGUAAAAUAUUGGAGCAAUUUUUUUUGCAUUCGGUCCCUAGGUGCCAUAUAUGGAAUGCUUUGAAAAGCAGCACCUAGACUGGUAUUGUUCUCUGUUCUUGUGAUAUUUUAUUACAAUUUUUUAAAUAUUUUAUGUUUCCUUCACAUAUCUGGGAUCCAGAGCACAUGAAUACACCAGAAUCUCAGCUUUCUUUAAAAAGUUUCACUUCCUGCAAGCUUCAGAACACACAUUCUAAAGGUUCCAACAAAGGUUCAAAGCCAAAUGUAGUUUUUUAAAGCCUUACAAUUUUUUUGAGGCUAUCCUGUAUUUGUAGGGAUCUACCCUCUUCACAGUUUAGUGUUUUUCACAGAAACCAUGAAAAAAAGUGGCUUGUAUGAACCCUGUGAAAAUGGCAAUCUUGCAAUAACAACCAGAGUACAAAGGAAAUCAUGGCAAUCCCUGCAGCCAGAGCACGUGGUUUCACCGAGAAAGCUAGUGAUAGGCUAAGCCAGUGACACGGGCUCAGUAAAGUCUCCAGUCAAGGAAAUGAGAGGAUUGCAGCACCAUCUUUCAAACAGCCAGAGGCAGUGCAGGCAUUGAUGUCUGAAGAUGAUGAGUAAAAGAAAUUUCCUUAAAACUAAGAACAUUUCACCUAUGGAUCACGUAAGGCAUACCCUGCAGGAACCUUGCAUGCAGACGCUGGGAAAUUGUUCUGUUCAUCAUGCAAUGUGAGUCUGGAUGGGGUGAGGAAAAACAGCAUUUAUCACCACCAAAUUGCACAUGGAGCACAAGGCUGCUGUAGGGGCUGAAAGAGACCAAAAAACAAAUGACCUUAUCGUCAAUGUUUAAAGGGGUUACGAAAGCAGUGUGACAAAAAGAGGGGGGGUACAUUAUAGUCAUAAGCAUCCCUAUGCAUAAAACUGACAACCCUAAAUUAAGGGGGAACUUGAAGAAAAACAUGCCAAAUGGUGAAUGUUUUCCGUGUGUGGACAAUCUUUGCCAGGACUCUCUACCUGCCAUGAUUGCUUCGCAUAUACAGUCUACAAAAGCUACACCGGCAGAAUAUAAAUUCAUCUUAAUUGUAGCUGAUGAAGCUGCAGACCCUCAAAAUAACUUAUGUCUAGCACAUUUUAUUUGUACCUGGGAUCUGGACAGACCACAAACUUUGUUUUUCAAGCAGAGCAAGUUCACCUUGUGCCUGUCAAUUUUUCUACUGUGGUACUAGCUGUAGUGAAAGCUGUUGUAAACUGUAGCUUAGAUUUUAACAAGAUCUCAGCAUUUCUGUCUGGCAGUGUCGUAUGUAUGUGCAAAGAUUUCUCCGAUGUGCUCCAAGGAAUGCUCCCCAAUGCAAUUCAUGUCACCUACAAUAUGCAUGUUCUGUGUUUAGUAAGUGACACUUAGCGCACAUGGUUUCUUCCUUUAGAAAGCCUUCAAACAUUGUCCAGGCCAUAAGCUACAGUACAGGGAGUCCAUUGCCAAUCAAAGUGAGGGAUCUACAUGUGACUUCCACCAGAGCCAGUUCUUACAAGGUGAAAUUUGUGGUGUAAUGCAGUUUAUUAUCACUCUAAGAAUAUGAAGUACUACUAGCAAUUCAUGAGCAAUGAGCUGGAAAUCACACUGGACGCACAGUGUAUGCUUAAACUACGCGAUCAGAAAGAGAAACAUUGAAAAUCAAGUGAUGUUUGUGGCUGAAAAUGCUGUCUGGUUAACGGAGCUUCUGAUGUGCUUUCAAGGCUGGCAGGCUGUAAUCCAUCAUGCGCACACUAAGCUGAUGGAUCUGAUGAGUUGGGUCGAAGACAUGGCAUCACAACAGCUUUCAAACUGUCAACGUUGAAAACUAGUGGAGACAAGAACUGUUCCAGGCAGUAGCUAUGAAGUUGAAUCAAUACUACAAGGACAAUCGGUUACAUUCACCAUGUUUUAAACAACUGUUUGCCUCCUUUUUCGGUGCUGUUCACAUUUUGUGCUGUUCACUCAACCAGGUGUCUGUUGUGAGCUGUGACCCUCAGCUAGUGAAAUCAAUCCCUGCAUGGGGAAAAGACCAUGCCAGCAAACAUACUGCUUAUGUGAACCUUGUCAAAGAGUGGCAAAUGCCCAUGACUGUGUUUUGGGAGCUUAUUUGUGACUGGUUUCCACAUCUCUACAACUUAGCAAUAUACUGCCUUACCAUUCUAACCAUUCAGUGGCUGCAGAAAAUGUGAUCUCAACAUAUGGACAGGUGUUUACACUGCAGAGACAGGAUGUCAGCUGCAACUGCUGGUGAAUACUGCAUGCUAGCAUUUAACAAGUAAUAUGAUGAAUUGUUUCUAUCAAGGUUAGCGUUAUUUAGUAUGACAUGGGUCAAUACUGCAUCCAAAAUCCUUGGGUUUGGGGAAAAGGGCUGCUGUGUAACAUUUGGUAUGCAGAUAUAUUGAACUUCAGAGUUAACGCAUAAUUAAUUUUAUUCAUAGAAUGUUAAUCGCUUCAUUGUGAGAUCUUAACACAUUAUGGCACUGAGCACCAUUUUAACUCCUUUUUUUCCACACACUCCAAAUGUAUUUAAUAUUUUCAAACAUUUGACUUCUACCAGUAUCGCUUGUGAUUAAAUAUAAAUUUCCUAAAAUUGCUUCCUAAACUUGUAGAACGCCAGUAAAUAAAGUUAAGAUUAUAUUAGUU